AUGUUACCGUCGCAGAAGAUGUACAGUGAGGCUGAAAACCUCGCCACCAUGACAAGCGCUGCUAUGUCAAAUGUGGACAGCAUGGGGCCAACCUGCAGCUCCAUCAACUCCACGAGCUGCGUCUCCAUUGGAAUGUCAAUCGGUGUCGGACCCAAUUGUUGUUCCCAGGGCCCUAGCACCUUUCACAUUAGCUCGAUGAACCCAGCAAUCGGAAUGGCAACAAUGAGUGGUUACGGUGAUGCUGCAUUGGGUGGCGAAGACGCGUAUAUCAAUGCCGUUGGCUACGGAUCUCAUUCCCCAGGUAGUAGCGGUGGUGUCACAAGAGACUUGCCCUUUUUAGGUGAAGCAGAUUCAACAAGUUCGGCCCUUCAACGAGGGAGAAACGACAAAUUUUACCGAAGAAGUUAUACCCAUGCGAAACCACCAUAUUCCUACAUCAGCCUUAUUACAAUGGCAGUACAAAAUGCAAGUAGCAAAAUGCUAACCCUGUCCGAAAUCUACUAUUUUAUCAUGGAUCACUUUCCAUUUUACAGACAAAACCAACAACGCUGGCAGAAUUCUAUCAGGCAUUCCCUCAGUUUUAACGACUGUUUCGUUAAAGUACCUAGGACUCCAGACAAGCCAGGUAGGGGAUCCUUCUGGACUCUGCAUCCUGAAAGCGGCAACAUGUUCGAGAAUGGAUGCUACCUCAGACGUCAGAAGAGGUUCAAAGACGAGAAGAAGGAACCCACAAGGCAUACUACUAAACAUCAUCAUUACAACUCUGGUAGAAACGGACAGGAUAGGCCUUCAUCCACUGGAAUCAAUCACGGAAAAAAGACACCUCUACGUCACGGUCAACACCAAGACGACCAAGAGCUACCUUUUCUAGUUUCUUCACACCAUCACACCAGUGGUCUGCAUCAACAUUACGCGGGUUUGAAAAGUGUCACAAGCGAUAAUGGAGGGUUUCUGGGUUCGGAUCUUGAUUCAACUCAUGAUGAUAUCGCUGCCGUAGUUGGGAGGAGUUUACAUUCUCAUCUUCUGAGCGAACCUAGUGGUCUUCAACACGCGAUGCCAGGAAGUUUAAAACAGGAAUCUCCUUAUACGGCUGCGAGUCAUCCCUUCAGUAUCACGAGCCUGUUUCCCAGUGCUACGACUAGUGCUUCACCAGAUUUGCAGAACACAAAAUCACCAGAGCUAAAGAUGUAUGCACUUCAUCAAAGUUUUGCGAAUUACGGUUCGCCUCAUCAUCCACAUCCAGGGCCGUCUAGACAUCACCAUCGGAAUGAAAUGCAUGAGUCGAAUUUAAAUCAUAUGCGUGACAUGAGCAAUCAUUAUCAGGACUAUUGCCAGAGCACUCUUUAUCAUGAUGCAAGUGUUAACACGUCCAGUGCACCGCCGCCUCCGUCGACUACCUCGGCGCCGGGAUUGUAA